GCGGCUUGCUAUCUGAAAACACCUACCGGCAAUGGCCAACACCUCCGCAGCGUGGUCUCCGAGCUCUUGGAGGAGCAAGCAUGCAGCGCAAGAUGUGGUUUACCCUGAUCGCGAGAAACUGGACAAGGUCCUCGGCAAAAUUCAGACAUUGCCUCCCCUAGUCUCACCCUCAGAGAUCGAGAGGCUUCGGCAUCAACUCAGUCAAGUGCAGCAAAACGAAGCCUUCCUGCUCCAUGCAGGUGACUGUGCGGAGAGCUUUGACGCCUGCACGCAGGAAAACAUCUCCGCGAAAAUAGGACUCAUUCUGUCUUUCUCUCUCAUCGUCGUAUGGGGUGCCCGCAAGCCCGUAGUGCGCAUUGGGCGUAUUGCCGGGCAAUAUGCGAAACCCAGGAGUAGCCCGGUCGAGAAGAUUGGUGAUCGUGAAGUCCCAAGUUUCCGAGGCGACAACGUGAACGGUCUUGACCCCAAUGAUCGCACACCAGACCCGGAUCGUAUGCUCAGCGCAUACUUCCACUCCACCGCGACGCUCAACCAUGUCCGGAGUCUACUCACAUCUGGAUUCGCGUCUUUGCAUCAUCCCCAGGACUGGUCCCUCACUCAUGUCCGCUCUCCCGCUUUGAGAGAAGAGUUUGAGCGCAUCACGGAGGGUCUUUCGGACGCCCUGGGCUUCACGCGCACAAUCGGCCUUGGCAAAGAGACCGUGAGCUACGAGCAGGGCGGCGGCCGCGGCGCGCUCGGUGAAGUCGACUUCUACACCAGCCACGAGGGCCUCAUGCUCGACUUCGAGGAAGCCAUGACGCGCGAAUUCCGCAUCCCCUCAUCGCUCGGAUCUCCGCAGGGAUCCUCCCCGAAGGUUCACUAUAACACAUCUGCCCAUUUUCUCUGGAUCGGUGACAGGACCAGACAAAUUGACGGAGCACACGUCGAGUACUUCCGCGGCAUCCGCAACCCCAUCGGUGUCAAGGUCGGGCCUAGCAUGAAGGCUGACGAGCUCGUGCGCCUGUUGAACAUCGUGAAUCCCGACAGGGAGAGCGGCAAGGUCACAUUGAUCACUCGCUACGGUGCAGGCAAGGUGGAGGACAACCUCGCCGGACAUAUUCGCGCAGUACAGGAGUCGGGACACCCGGUCAUCUGGAUCUCCGACCCCAUGCACGGAAACACUCUGACGUCCGCAUCCGGGCUCAAGACACGCAACUUUGGCACAAUCAUCAGCGAAUUGACCGCGUGCCUGCGCAUCCACGCAGAGUGCGGCUCGCACCUCAACGGCGUCAGCCUCGAGUUCACUGGCGAGCUCGCCGAGGAUGGGUUCAGCGUAACCGAGUGCCUGGGCGGCAGCAUGCGUCUCAGCGAGGACCAGCUGCCUCUGCGCUACCAGUCGUUCUGUGAUCCGCGCCUGAACUUCGAGCAAUCUCUCGACGUGGCGUUCUUGAUCUCCGACCACUUCAAGAAGGAGCGCACGGGUAGCAACAGGUCAUACGGCGACGUGCUCUACUCUGAGUUGGGAGGCCGCAAGUUGGCCUAAAAGUGAAGGCCAUGCUCGACAAUCGCAGUUGUAUCAAUGUAAUAUCAGCGUAACAUACGCGGCGUUCAACACGUUUCAACCUCGGCCUAGCCGGGUCCCCAG